AUGUCAUUACCCGCGUCUCUUGGAUCCUUCUCAGGAGGAGGGGAGACCUACCAAAGGAAGGGCAGGGCUGGGGAAAUCCAGUAUCACCUGUUGAGGGCCAAGAUAUCAGCUAUCAAGAAGCAGAUCAUCAUCCCCGGUGCAGUGGGACUUGAGCAAGCCAUGAGGCAAGCUGAGAAACCAGGGAACUGGUAUGUGGUAUUUUUGGUCAAGCAUUACACCGAGAAGAUUACUGAGCUCGGCACAUGGGUGGCCACCAAAGGGCGCGUGUUUGCUAACAAGUGGACACUUCCCAUCUGGUUUGAGAAUGUGAUCGCUCUCGAGGACAACUGGUGCGAGAAAAUACAGAAGACUUCGAAAUACGCCCCCGAGCCCAGCCACACGCUCGAGGAGACCAAUAAGUGGGUUGAAUACCUGAAGAAGUAA